ACUUCAAGUUCAAGUGGAACCCCAAGGUCAACCCUGUUCUUCACGGCGACGGUGGCUCUGCUGUGGAGUAAACGGGUUUUUCGAAAAGUUUACGAUUUAUGCUUGCACACAAAAUCGAAAAACCAUUUUCUUUUUUUUUCAAGGCGUUGGGCUUUUGUUUCUCCCAUUUCAAAUGCUAGACAGGUUUCUUUUUGCAUCCAAAGGGUUUGUGGACUACGAUAUCCGAUGUUCUGUCGCAGAUCUCUGUGAUCUGAACGAUCAGACGCAUGUUUUUUUUCAUGGUUUAUGGUUCUUUUUUUCAUGUGUAGUAGACUGGGUCUAUGGACAGAUUUGUUUUCCUUCAGCUGGCUUAGAAGAAUCAACAUCAAUUAGACUGCAUUGGCUUCAAUAUUGCAUUUCCUACAUUUCCGCUUUGAGUCGUGACGCCAUAGUGGUGCGCCCAUGUUACGUAGCAUCGAAUAAACUACCGAGAAACCUCCAAUUGUCUGACAUUCUGCAGCAGAUUCUCCGGAGUAUAUCCGUAUUACCAUACUUUACCAGGUCACAAGUAAUCCCGACCGAAAGUCGGAAUUCUCGCCCUAUCUCUCCCGAGUCUCGGCAGGAAGGGGCAUCCCCGAUCGGGAAAUUGCAAACUGUCCCUCCGCCGUCGGGGCAUUGUCCCCCGUCCAUCACCAUCACGGAACUACGGAGGAUAUCCGGAGGUGGCCCGAGUGGUAUGCCGAUAGCGAUCUUGAGAUAGUAUGAGGCAUUUGAGAGAGUAACGCCAGUAACACUCCGUUCAAAAUACCC